AUGCUGCCCGCACCCCGAUGCCGGGCCGUGCGCGCGCUGCUGCGUGGCUGCUACCGCGAGGUGCUGCCGCUGGCGACGUUCGCGCGGCGCCUGGGAGCCGAGGGCGGGCGCCUGGUGCGGCUCGGGGACCCCGUGGCCUUCCGCGAGCUGGUGGCCCAGUGUCUGGUGUGCGUGCCCUGGGGCGCGCCGCCGCCGCCCUCGCCCCUCUCCUUCCUCCAGUUGUCUAGCCUCAAGGAGCUGGUGGCCAGGGUCCUGCAGCGUCUCUGCGAGCGCGGCACCAAGAACGUGCUAGCCUUUGGCUUCGCGCUGCUGGACGAGGCCAGCGGCGAGCCGCCCAUGACAUUCACCACGUGCGUGCGCAGCUACACGCCCAACUCGGUCACGGGCAUGCUGCGUGGCAGUGGCGCCUGGAGUCUGCUGCUGCAGCGCCUGGGCGACGACGUGCUGACCUACCUGCUGGCGCGCUGCGCGCUCUACGUGCUGGUGGCCCCCAGCUGCGCCUACCAGGUGUGCGGACAGCCGCUCUACGAGCUCUGCGCGCGGGACGCCAGCGAGCCGGGCCUGGGCUGCGGGACCCCGCGUGGGACCCCAGGGGACGCGAAGCGGCCUCGGGACCGAGUGGGAGGACAGCCGCAGCCAUUGGCCAAAAGGCCUAGGCGCAGCUCGGCCCUGGAGCCAGGGUUGGUACCGCAGCCUCCCGGAGAAAAUGCUGCUUCCAGGGCCCACCUGCGUCGGGCACGUGAGCAGAGCGACAGCGAUCCCCCCGCGGCGACGCCGGGCCGGGGGGCCUCCAUGGGAACCACAUCUUCAGAGGGUGGACCUUCUGGAGCUCGUGGUUCCUCCACGGUGGGGACCAGGGUGCGUGCAGCUGGCCCAUCAUCCAAGCAGCCACCAUUACCACGUCUGCAGUUGUACGUGGGGACCAAGCAAAUCCUCUACAGCCGUGGGGACAAGGAGCAGCUGCCCAGUGACUUCUUCCUCAGCUCCCUGCAGGGCAGUCAGACCGGGGCCUGCAGGCUCCUGGAGACCAUCUUCCUGGGCGCCCCUCCUGUCCGGAUGAGGACCCCGCCGAGGCGCCUGCCGCCACGUUAUUGGCGCAUGCGGCCGCUGUUCCAGGAGCUGCUUGGGAACCACGCGCGGUGCGCCUAUGACACCCUCCUCAGGAAGCACUGCCCGAGGUGGGACUUGGCCACGGCCACGCCCCGUGGACCCAGCAGGGUGGGUGUUAGGACCUCCGAGGAGGCCUGUGGCCCAGCGGUGACGUGCGCCUUCCAGGAGGACACCGACCUGCAGCCAGUGAUGCAGCUGCUCCAGCAGCACAGCACCCCCUCACAGGUGUACGUGUUCGUGCGGUCGUGUCUCCUCCAGCUGGUUCCCAUCGGCCUCUGGGGCUCCAGCCGCAAUAAGAGCCGCUUCUUCAGGAACGUGAAGACCUUCAUCUCGCUGGGCAAGUAUGCCAAGCUCUCGCUGCAGGAGCUGACAUGGAAGAUGAAAGUGCAGGACUGUGAGUGGCUUCGGAGACGUCCAGGAGAUUAUACCGUUCCCGCCUCAGAGCAUCGGCUCAGGGAAGAGAUCUUGGCCAAGUUCCUAUUCUGGCUGAUGGACACCUAUGUGGUGGGGCUGCUCAGAGCUUUCUUCUACGUCACCGAGACCAUGCAUCAGAAGAACAGGCUUUUGUUUUUCCGGAAGAGCGUCUGGAGAAAGCUGCAAAGCAUUGGAAUCAGACAGCACGUCAGCAAAGUGCAUCUGCGGGAAGUGUCAGCGGCGGAGGGGCAGCUCCGGCUGCAGGCCAGGCCCUCUCUGCUCACCUCCAAGCUCCGCUUCGUCCCCAAACUCCAGGGCCUACGGCCCAUUGUCAACAUGGACUACGUUGUGGGGGCCAGAACCUUCUGCAGGGAGAAGAAGGCCCAGCACUUCGCCUCGCAGAUAAAGAACCUGUUCAGCGUGCUUAACUACGAGCGGGCGCUGAAGCCAGAGCUGCUGGGGGCCUCGGUGCUGGGCAUUGACGAUGUGUACAAGGCCUGGCGGGCGUUCUCUGGGCGGGUGCGGGCCAAGCAGCCCCGGCCCAAGCUGUACUUUGUUAAGGUGGACGUGACGGGGGCUUAUGACAGCAUCCCUCACAACAAGCUGGUGGAAGUGGUCGCCAACGUGAUGCAGCCCCAGAACAUCUACUGCAUCAGGCGUUACGCAGUGGUCCAGAAAACUGCGCAGGGACACGUGCGGAGGUCCUUCAAAAGACACGUCUCCACCUUCGUGGACCUUCAGUCCUCCAUGAAGCAGUUCGUGAAACACUUGCAGGAGAAGAGCUCGCUGAGGAAUGCCGUGGUCAUUGAGCAGAGCAUCACCUUCAACGAGCCCACCCGCAGGCUGUUUGAUGUCUUCCUACACCUGGUGCACAACAACAUCUUCAAGAUCAAGGGCAGGUACUAUGUCCAGUGCCAGGGUAUCCCCCAGGGCUCCAUCCUGUCCACUCUACUGUGCAGCUUCUGCUACGGGGACCUGGAGAACAAGCUGCUCCCCGGGAUCCAGCAGGAUGGGCUGCUCCUGCGUUUGAUUGACGACUUUCUGCUGGUGACACCUCACCUGGAACAAGCUAAAACCUUUCUAAGGACCCUGGUCCAGGGUGUGCCCGAAUACGGCUGCACGAUCAACCCAUGCAAGACGGCGGUGAAUUUCCCCGUGGACGACUGCCCGGGCCACGCGGCCACCCUCCAGCUGCCCGCGCACUGCCUGUUCCCCUGGUGUGGCCUGCUGCUGGACACCAGGACCCUGGAGGUCUUCUGUGACUACUCUAGUUACGCCUCAACCUCGAUCAAAGCGAGCCUCGUCUUCAACCACGGCGUAAGGGCCGGGAGGAACAUGCGGCGCAAGCUCUUCGCGGUCUUGAGGCUCAAGUGUCACAGCCUGUUUCUGGAUUUGCAGGUGAACAAUCUUCAGACUGUCUUCAUCAGCGUCUACAAGAUCUUCCUCCUGCAGGCCUACAGGUUCCACGCCUGCGUGCUCCAGCUGCCCUUCAGCCAGCGGGUCGGGAAGAAUCCCACGUUUUUCCUCAGAGUCAUUAGGGACACAGCGUCCCACUGCUACUCCGUCCUGAAAGCCAAGAACGCAGGGAUGUCGCUGGGGGCCCCUGGUGCCCUGGGCCCCUUUCCUUCUGAGGCUGCAUGCUGGCUGUGCCACCACGCCUUCCUGGUCAAGCUGACCCGUCACAGAGUCACCUACAAGUGUCUGCUGGGGCCCCUCAAGACGGCCAAGAUAAAGCUGGGCCGCAAGAUCCCAAAGACAACCAUGGCCCUGUUGGAGGACGCUGCUCUCCCGUCCCUGCACGGGGAGUUUAAGACCAUCCUGGACUGA